UCUUUCCGGUUGUUGGCUCCUGCCGGCCCCUCCCUUACUGGCCCCUGCGGCCCCCUCCCCCCGCGGCCCCCCGCCGCCGGGCCUGCCGCCACCAUGAAGAAAUUCUUCCAAGAGAUCAAGGCCGACGUCAAGUUCAAGAGUGCGGGGCCCGGUCAGAAGCUCAUGGAGUCGGUGGGGGAGAAGGCCCCCAAAGAAAAGCCCAGCAAGCCGGCGCUCCGGCAGCCCCGCCAGGGACCCACCGAUGAGGCGCAGAUGGCGGCCGCGGCGGCCCUGGCCCGGCUCGAGCAGAAGCAGCCCAGGGCGCGGGGCCCCACGUCGCAGGAGUCCAUCCGGAGCCAGGUGAGAAAGGAACUUCAAGCUGAAGCAACUGUCAGUGGGAGCCCGGAGACCCCAGGGACCAACCCGGUGCCCAAGCCCAAAGAGGAGGGCUCGACACACCUGGCAGUGCCCGGAGUGUACUUCACCUGCCCGUUCACAGGGGCCAUCCUGAGGAAGGACCAGCGGGACGCCUGCAUCAGAGAGGCCAUUCUCUCGCACUUUUCCACCGACCCAGUGGCCGCCUCCAUCAUGAAGAUCCACACGUUCAACAAGGACCGGGACCGGGUGAAGCUGGGCGUGGACACCAUCGCCAGGUACCUGGACAACAUCCACCUGCAUCCCGAGGAGGAGAAGUACCGGAAGAUCAAGCUUCAGAACAAGGUGUUCCAGGAGCGCAUUAACUGCCUGGAAGGGACCCACGAGUUUUUUGAGGCCAUCGGCUUCCAGAAGGUGCUGCUUCCGAUCCCCGACCAGGAGGGCCCCGAGGAGUUCUACGUGCUGAGCGAGGCCGCCCUGGCCCAGCCCCAGAGCCUGGAGCAGCACAAGGAGCAGCUGCUGCGCGCCGAGCCCGUGCGGGCCACGCUGGCCCGCCAGCGCCGGGUCUUCCGGCCCUCACCCCUGGCCUCCCAGUUUGACCUGCCUGCGGACUUCUUCAACCUCACGGCGGAGGAGCUCAAGCGAGAGCAGCGGCUGCGGUCAGAGGCCGUGGAGCGGCUGAGCGUGCUGCGGACCAAGGCCAUGCGCGAGCGGGAGGAGCAGAGGGAGAUGCGCAAGUACACGUACACGCUGCUGCGCGUGCGCUUCCCCGACGGCUGCCUCCUCCAGGGGACCUUCUACGCCCGGGAGCGGGUGGCAGCACUGUACGCAUUUGUCCGGGAGGCCUUGCAGAUCGACUGGCUGCCUUUUGAGCUGCUGGCCUCGGGAGGGCAGAAGUUGUCGGAGGACGAGAACCUGGCCUUCAAUGAGUGCGGGCUGGUGCCCUCGGCCCUCCUGACCUUCUCGUGGGAUGCAGCCGUGCUAGCGGACAUCAGGGCUGCGGGGACCCAGCCAGACUCAUCUGUCCUGAAACCUGAGCUCCUGUCGGCCAUCAAGAAGCUCUAAUGAAAUAAAAGCAGGGUUGGCUUCAGCCCC